UUAGUUUAUUUAAAACCAAGAAUACAGAAAUCAACAGAAUCAAAUCAAGCUGAUACAGAGGACGAGACUGCGAGUGAAUCUGGAAGACACACCGUGCCAGUAUCAGCAGUACUGAGUGAAAUUAAUGAGAGGAAAAACAGAGAAUGUAACAUGAUCAUCUAUGGGAUAGAGGAAAGUGACUCAGACAAUAAGGAAGUACGUCGUACCAAUGACGGAGAUAAGGUGAAAGAAAUUGCUGAGGUUUGUGAAGUGAACGUCGCAGAUGAAAGCACAAUAAAGUUAAUGAGACUUGGUAAAUUUAAUAAGGAUAAGAAACGCCGUCCAUUGCUCGUUACCUUCUCAACCCCAGAAAAAAAAGUGGAGUUCUUUAAACGAGGUGGUAAGCUGCGGGAAAACAUUGAACUCAGUGAAGUACGACUUGCAAAUGAUUUGACACGCACAGAGAGGGAAAAUGAAAAGAAACUGUAUAUGAAAGCCAAGGAACUGAAUAAAAAUGGUUCGGGGGAAUUCCAUUACCGUGUGCGCGGUCCACCUUGGGCAAGGAAAGUGGUAAAGCUCAGGAUGAUUGAAGGAGUGCAGAGAAGAGCUACCAAGCAGAUUCCAGGAUUGGCAAAAUUAAGCUAUGAAGAAAGGUUGAAGAAACUAAAACUACCAACGCUGAAGUACAGGCGCCACCGAGGAGAGAUGAUUGAAGUGUACAAAAUAACAAGUGGAAAGUACGACCCAUUAGCAACAGACUUUAUCAAGUUAAGGAGAGACCAAGUUACUAGGGAACAAGGAAGAGGGAAUUUAAGAAGCUGUUUGUACAGAGACCAAGACUCAAUAUAA